GCGGCUCCCUGUAUAGGAGCGAGUGUAAACAACAGAUUUAAAGAUGUGGAUUUUGUUUUUAAUCACGUAUAAAUCAUUGCUGCGGUGCCUUCACGGGAUGACCGGACACACUGAGGAGAUCAGCCGGACUCCCCAGCGGCCACGUUUCAUUCUUCGAUAAAGAAGAUAAAAAGCACCAUUGAAGGCCGGCCCAUCCAUAUUUGUUUACAUCCUCCAGUCGUACUCACCUCAGCCACCAUCAUGCCCGGUGACGACAGACCACCGCAACAGACCCGCCAGAGGAAAAAGGGUAAAAAGUCCCGUUCCAAGGGGAAGAGCCCCGGCGGGAGCCCCGGCUCUGGGCUGGGACCGGCUUUAGACAGUCAGGAUGAGUUCCUGUUGCCCCCCGUCCUCCAGCCUCCUCCCAAAAAGCCCGCGGAGGAGAAGCCCAAGGUGGCCGUCACCAAGGUGGAGGAGGAAUCGUCCAUCGCCAUCUGCCUCCAGGUGCUGUUUCCCUACCUGCUGGCCGGGAUGGGCAUGGUGAUGGCCGGCAUGGUGCUGGACAGCGUGCAGCACUGGGAGGUCUUUAAGGUCAUCACAGAGGUUUUCAUCCUGGUUCCCGCGCUGGUCGGACUCAAAGGAAACCUGGAGAUGACCCUGGCUGCUCGCCUCUCCACCGCUGCGAACACGGGACAGAUGGACGACCCGGACAGACAGUGGACCAUGGUGUGCAGCAACCUGGCUCUCAUACAGGUCCAGGCCACAGUGGUGGGCUUCCUGGCGGCCGUGGCGGCCGUGUGUCUGGGGGCGUUUUCCCGCGGCGGCGUGGAGCUGGAUCAGGCCGCCGUGCUGUGCGCCAGCAGCAUCACCACCGCCUUCGUGGCGGCGCUGUCUCUAGGCUUGGUGAUGAUCGGCGUGAUCAUCGGAUCCAGGAAGGUGGGCAUCAACCCCGACAACGUGGCCACGCCCAUCGCCGCCAGCCUGGGGGAUCUGAUCACUCUGUCCCUGCUGGCGGGCGUCAGCAGCACGCUCUACCAGUACAUGGAUAUCUGGUACCUGUCUCCCCUGGUGUGCCUGGUCUUCCUGGCGCUCAUCCCGCUGUGGGUUCUGGUGGCUCGGCAGAGCCCUCAGAUCCGGGAGGUCCUGCGGUCGGGCUGGCAGCCGGUCAUCGUGGCCAUGUCCAUCAGCAGUUUCGGAGGCCUUAUACUGGACAAGACGGUCAGUGAUCCCAACUUUGAGGGCAUGGCCGUCUUCACGCCCGUCAUUAAUGGAGUGGGUGGAAACUUGGUGGCCAUCCAGGCCAGCAGGAUUUCCACCUACCUGCACUUCUGGAGCAUCCCGGGCGUGCUGCCCUACAAGAUGAGGCAACACUGGCCCAACCCCUGCAUCACCUUCUUCUCCUCAGGAGUGAACUCCAAGUCGGCGCGGGUCCUGCUGCUGCUGGUCGUACCGGGCCACCUGGUCUUCCUGUACGCCAUCUCUCUGCUGCAGGGGGACGAAGCCCCCAUCUCUACAGCCUUCACCAUCUGCUACCUGUGUGCCGCUCUGCUCCAGGUGACCAUCCUCCUUUACGUGGCCGACCUGAUCGUACGUUUGAUGUGGAGACGGAGUCUGGACCCCGACAACUUCUCCAUCCCGUACCUGACGGCUCUGGGAGACCUGCUGGGCACCGGCUUCCUGGCCCUGUGCUUCCGCUGCGUCUCGCUGCUCCACAGUCUGGGUUUAUGAAGUCCGGCCUCGUCCUCGACUCCUCGCCAGCCUCGCACAGAAAAACUCUCCGCCGGACUCCUCUGGAACAAAUUCCAGCCUCUGCUGUGGAGGAGACUCCACACAUUCAUCCCGCUGCCUGAGCAAACAAACCUUUAAACGCUCCCGUAGAUUUAUUUGACGGUCAUUCCUCUGGAUAUUUUUGGAAGCUUUCUCAGCUUCGCGGCGUAGCAGCUUAAAGGAAACAGAACUUUUCAUCACCUUUGUGUCACUGUGAUCAGCUGCUACUUGAAACUGGAGGACGUAAAGUCUGACCUGUUCCUUCAACACCUGGACUUCUGUCAUCCGAGUGGACGGACAGGCCAGGUCCAGAGCACAUCAGUCCUUAAUCAUCCACAGAAUGUAUCUACAGUCUCAUAACCAAAAUCCUGGUUUUCUUACUUAAUUCUUGACUUCCUCAAACGGACGAAUAUCAUCAGUGUGAAAAGGAAAACUGUGUUUGUGCUUCGAACUCACAUUUCAGCAACGGAAAUGGUUUGUGUUUACGAUCGCGUGCGUCCAUCAUGGCUACCUCUGUGGCUAGUAGCUGGAAUUUAACUGUUUGCACAGAAAAUGUAAUUUAGUUCCAGGAAUUGUUUGUUUUCAGGAUUUUAAAAGGUACAUUAGCACAUGAAUACACUCAUAUCAAAAGCUAGCUGCCGGCAUAUUCUAACUGAGCUGAGCAUAUAGAGACAGGCAGCAGGACAGAGCGACUGGGAACGUUCCCAACGUCUGAAGGACGAUUCACAGUUCUGAGGUGGAAACAUGCAGCAACAUUAGUGUGAAAAGUCAAAUCAAAGCAACAAAGAUACAACAGAUUUAGCUCCAGGCAGUAAUGAUCUCAAAGAACAAGCUUUCUUUGACGGUUUGGUCAAAAUACUCAUCCUGAACCCAAACCUUGUGAUCUGCCUUCAGCUAAGUAUCUCAUCAAACCUCCCCUGUGUUCAUUUAUGCCUUUGGAACGGGAUAGCCAAGGCUAGCAGCUAGCAUAAGAAUUGAGAUAAUGUCAGGAACCCAAGAAGAUCCGUUUGAUGUUAAGUCAGCAUAGAAACUGUCAAAAUCAAUAAUUUUAUGGAUGUAUAAUCAACCAAACCAUCCUAGAAUGUCUAUUCAAGAUGCACUUGAUGAGAUCUGCUGUUUUAUCUUUUGAUUUCCAUCUUCUGUUGCAGAGACAUAAACUGGUACAAGCUAAUGUUGCUAACAACGAGAUCCGAGGUUUACUCCACAAAGGUGUUGGUCGUCGCACGUCCCACGAGAAAAACCCUCAAACGUCUCUGAAACAGUCCUGUCUUACCUGUGACUUUUAUUUAUGUGACGAUGUGUGUGUGUUGUUGGAGUUUUUAAUCGUGAGCCUGUUCCACACGAGAAGGAGAUGAAUUAUUUACUUGACUCAGUCGGUUUCACUCGAGCUUUCUGUAGCAGAUCUGUGACAAUUAGACCACAACUAAAGAUUGUGUUGUACCAGCACGUAACUGUCUUAAAUAGUGGGGCUGGAUGCUAAAUCACAUUGUCUGUAUCAUUACAAAGUCAAUCAUAACUUGCUGUUGCUGUUAAAAGAAAUUGCUAGCAUAAGCCCAGUUUUAACUUUGAACUGCAGCAAAGCUGAAUACAGCUCAAAUCUAAACAAGUUUUCCUCCACAUUCAGGAAGUGUCUGUUGAAGCUCUCUAUCGUCCAGCCCGGUUAGCAGUCCAGAGUGACGUACGUGACUUGCAAACUUGCACUUUUUCUUCGUUAGCGCUCUGAAGUUGCCUUGAAAACAAGAUGAGUGUCUCGUCCACAACAUCACGUCGGUGU